GGCGGCAUGGGCCAGAUCUUCCGCCGCCGCCUGGGCGAGCAGGCCGCCGCUGCCGCCAACGCCAACAUCCUGGCCAUCGGGGGCCGCACCGCCGGCUUUGCGCCCUCGGACAGGGCCCCCAUUACCAACUUUGGCGGCGUGACCCGCUUUGACAACAACGGUGUGGGCUUCAACGGCGGCCUGACCACCAGCUUUGACAACUUUGGCAACCCCGUCACCAACGAGGGCGGCAUGGGCCAGAUCUUCUGA